GCGUAGGGUUGGUAGCGAGCUAUUUGUCUUGAAAUCUGUAUACUUUGUUGUGAAGAAAACACAGUUGGAGAGUUGAGAAACUCGACCCAAAUAAAACAUUUUCCGUACGGACUUCCGUAAUUUUAUCGGCGUCAAGAGUUACCAAAGGUAACCCAAGCGAUUUAUGCGGUAAGUUAACUUCUCAAAUGUUCACCGUAUGAAGAAGCUUAUCCUAAUUUCGAACAAGCUUAACUCUACCCCAACAUAAAGUGAUCUUAUAGGCGACAUGUUAUUUGUGUUUUCUGUAAAUAUUCUAUAAAAACUCAUAUUUAACAAACGUCCACAUUUCUUUAUUACCCUACAAAGGUAGCCUACCUGAUCAAAAUAGGACGAACGCACGCACGGAAAAUGUAUCCAAAACAAAGUAAUUGUGACAAUUCCACAGGCCAAACUGAUAAGCGAUUUAGAUUGACUUGAAAGUUAUCAGAAUUGGAUGACAUUUUCAUAUUGCAUUCUCUCACAUUGCAUGAUUGUUAAAACAUCUAUCUGCAAAGUAGCCUACAAUAACAAACUAUGGGAUGUAUCUCAAAAUACAGUAUUAGUUCAAUGUUUGGCGUCAAUAGUCUACUUGUUGCAACAGGAAAUGUUUCAUGUGACUGUGACUGACAAAAGAGAGAUGAUUAGUAAGCAUAAUUACUGUGUUUAGAUAUGACUAUUAUAAAGUGUUCAUAUUCCAUUGUUCCCAUCACAUUGAAAGGUCCCAGGCGCUUUGAGCCAUGCCUGGCCACAGCACAGGGGCUCCCCAGAAGUCCCGCCACGACAAACAACACAGCGGACACAGCACCAGGGCUGACGGCUACAAGCAGGGCCGCACCAUCUCUAGAGACAGCACCGCAAGCCAAGAGUCCUACAAGGACCCCCAUGCUGACCACAACACAAGGGAACAGUACCAUGGAGACUACUCCCGUCACUCUGAGGGCCAGCAAGGCCGCAGAGGAGCCCCCCCAACACGACACGUCAACGGGCGGGGGUCAGAGACACUGGGCUUCAUCCCUGGCUCAGCAGACUCUCCCCAGAGCACAAAUGCAUGUGGCUCCUGUGCCGCUAUGGGCUGGAGCGGCUGCAAGGCUCUCCUCUGCUGUAUCUUCACCUGUGGCUUCUAUGGCAGCCAGGAUCCCUGUCUGCCUGUCAACAGCGAGAGCUCCACGGACCACCCCAGCAAGGCCGACGCUGAGCAGCCCCACCCCCCUAACGGCAUGUCCGUGUCCAACCCCACCUGCGGCAUCCCUCUGGAGCCCAGCAUCAAGCCUUCUAAGCAGCCCUCCAAGCUGCCUCCCAGUGACAGCUUCCACUACAAGGACGUCCGCAUCGGGGGCCAGACGGUGGUCUAUCCCACCUCGUCGUCGGGCCCCAAACGGACGCGUACGGGCGGAAAGGGCGACAGCCAGCGUCCUGUCAGCAACACCAGCACCAUCUACUCCCGGGAGGACCUGGAUCUGGACGACCUGAGCGACAGCGGCACGGACAUCGACUCGCUCAUCACUAAGAAACUUCUAGAGCUCUACGCGCUGCACCAGAUCGACCAACUGGCCAAGUGCACAUCUGACUCGUCGUUCUCAAGGAAGACCAAUGAGAUCAGCGAGCUGAUCAGCAGCAUUGCUCAGGACUACAACCUGGAGCAGCAGGAGGCAGAGUGCAGGCUGGUGCAUGGUGUGAUCCGCAUCAGCACACGCAAAGCCAAGAAGAACAAAUACUCCAACUCCCAGGCACAGGAGCCAGUGCACCAGCAGCCGCGAGCAAACGGGAGGAACGACAGAGGGACCCUCCUUCCUGACAGUGGCAAUGAAACAAUGACGUACACAUUUAACAGCAGUGAGAGUAAGAGAGGGUUAAUACAUUCAUGUAUACAUUCAACAUAACUAGUGCAUUUCAGGUAUUGAGGGUCUUGCUAGAAUAAGGAUGACACAAAGUUUUGUCUUUCAAUUUAAGUCAGAAAAUCCAACAAUGAAUUUUAUUCCUCAUGACUUUCUCAUUUAACCACACACUUUUCCCAUAUUCUUGCUUCACAUGUUUCUGUUGCAUACCAAAAUGAUAUAGUCAGUCACAUCCCCAUAGAUGACUCUGCUGAAAUGCUUUUGGUGCGCUAGUGUUCGUUGUCUCACCUCUUCAAUAUCAUUGAGUCUCCAUUUUCUAUUCAUUCAUAUACAUCUAUGUUUGAGUAACUCUACAUUGUGUUUUUACCACAGUGGAGCCUGAGGUGAAAGUGUCGGAGCUGACCCAGUCAGACGAACUAGCCAGGAAGAUGAGGCACUACAGUGGAAGAAGUAAGUACUUCUGGACUUGAAUUCACAAAGUCUCACAGUAGGAGGGCUGAUAUAGGAUCAGUUUAGUAUUUAAUAUCAUAAUGAAUAAGAUUAUAUGGACAUGGGGUACCUGAUCCUAGAUCAGCACUCCUCUGAGAUGCUUUUUGAAAACGUGCCCUAGUCUCUACUACUAUAUCAAGACCCUGUACUUCCCCAUACCAUAUAUGUUAUACUGUAUAAGAUGUAUCUUGAAUCUGAGCCAGCAUCUAUAUACAGUAUUGCCUUUACAGUAUGGCGGGUUCUGUAGCAUUUGUGUAAUUGUUCUACACUGGAAAUACUCUAUCAUAUCUGAUCCGAUAAAACAUGUUUUUCAAACAAUAACACAUUGUUUCCUUGUUGUGGCUCAUGGAAUAGUUACAUUUACUUGUCCUGGGCAAUGUUCAUUUAGGCACCAAACAGAAGAAAACUGACGAACAGGGAAGGACUAGCUAGACUUGUCAAUCUAGAAAUGCUCAUUUUCCAUUGCAAAAGGUUUUAAAACAUUUCUAGCUGCGUGCCCUAAUGAACACAACCCUGGGUUCUAUUGGGCAGCAGAGGUAGUAGGCUUAUCCUCUGGGUUGACUGACUGUUCCUGUAAGUCAUGGUAGCUGAGGGGCUCUAUGUUCAACCCAGCCAUUGUGCCCAGUGCAGCUGCAGGUGUUUUCUAACCGCUUCUCUGUUCUCCAGUGGCAUACCAUGCUUUGAUGUGACUCCUGGAGAAUAAAAGCCUUCGCAUUCCUUCUUUUUCUAUGUGCUGUUUUGUCCUGGCUAUUCCUCCACCUCCUCCUCCUCUCUGCCACCUUAUACACCCCUUGCAUCCCAUCUCAGUUUCCCUAUUUGCUCAGGGUAGGUGGUAGUGGGGGUGCAUACCGCCCCCUCCGGCAGUGUAUCAGGUCACAUUAAAUACCUGCCACAUAAUGGUCGAUGGUUUAUUAUGUAAUAAGGGGAGUAACACUGGUUACAGCUUUUUUAGUUGCACAGUGGUGAGAAUGGAAGGUGAGGGGGUGUCUUAUUACAGUGCCUUUGAAUGGAGGAACAUUGUGGUGUUUUCACACUGUAUGCAUCUGUGGGAGUGUGCCAGGAUAUCAGAAUCAGCUGUCAGAAUGUCAUUUUCUAUCUUUAUUUGAUAAAGGGCUGGUUUACUGGACACAGAUUAAACCUAGUCCUAGAUAUAAAACUGCUCAAUGGAGAAUCUGUUGAAAUGGCUUUUAAAUCCAGGACUAUGAUUAAUCUGUGUCCAGGAAACUGGUCCAUAUGGUAUAGUGUGGGUCAGUAAUCAGUUAUCAUUUUAAAGUGGUGACUUCAAAUAUUGUUAUACCUUGUAGUCUGUCUGCCUGUCAUUCCAAUACUGGCUGGUAAAUGUCUCUCUAUUCUUGCCCUCCUAGCCUACUCCUCCAGCUCAGCUACAGCCUACUCUCCCUACCAGCAUGACACAGAGACCGACUCGUCAGGGGCCCCACUGCUGCACGUCCUCUGAACGUCAUGACAAGGUCAACACAAAGUCCAGGGCACAACAUUAUCAAGGGCCUCAACCGAACUGGGGCUGGCUGUUGUGUGAUAGUGGGAAAUGUUUGUUCAUCAGCCUAUUGUUCCUCCAACACUGUCAUGCUUUCCUGUCAUUCCUCCAACACUGUCAUGCUUCCCUGGAACUGUAAUAUAAGGACAGAGUGACAGAGAGGAUCUUAAGUGUUGGACUAUUGAAGCCAUCUCCUCACUCUGGUGUGGAAUCAGCAUGUCCUUCCACACCAUGGAACCAUCUGUGAGUGGGACUCAGGCCUGCUUGCAAGGGGGAAGGGAGAGAUGGUGGCACCACUCUACGGGUGCCCAAUUGGCACAUAUCUGAACAUCGGAAAAACAAGGGAUAUUUUUUUUUUUUACAGGGGAAGAAAACUAUGGACUUUUAUUGUGUAUUUGCGUGCUAUGUUGCAAGUUGUUUUUAUACCAGUUAUGUUGUUGCCUUGCCACUCCAAGCAGAGACACUAAAAUCACUCCAUGCCAUUUUAACUCAGUCCUCAGUAAAGUGACUGACCAUAAUGCGUAACCGUCCCUGUUUUAGUGUGUGACUGUGUGUGCGUGCAUGACUGUGUGCAUGUGUGACUAUGUGCGUGUGUGACUGUGUGUGUGACAGUGCGUUAGGGCAGAUUGGCACCCUGCCAUUUGGACCCAGUAGCAGGUUUAGCUUCAUACUUUACUUUCAGUGUCAAAGGAGUUAUUUUUUCCAAGUAAACUUUGCUUCUUGGUUUGUCUAAACAUCUCUUUUGGAAAUGGGGCAUUGGAUCACUUUAAAUAAAAAAAAAAGGCAAUGUAUAGUUACAUUUUUAUCAAAAUAAAAAAAGGAAUGAAUCCC